AUGCAUGACUUUUAUUUCGCGGAGUCCAAUCACAAAGGAAAGCUGCGACCGAUCAUUGCAUCGAGUUCGUCAGCUCGGAAGUCCGAGCCGGAUUCCGAGGGGCCCGGGUCUGAUUCAGACAAACGCGGCCAUAAAUGGAGACACGUGCAAGCUGUCAUGGCAUACUACCAGGCACUCAGGAAAAUAAAGAGAACAAAGUCGAAUCAGAGAUGGAUGAAGUUAAGGACGACAGUUCAGCUGAGCUCAGCGAUCCAGAAAAAGCCAACAUUAAAGCGAGAAGAUUCAUUCCUGAAAAGAUUUUCGACGCGUCAGAUUCCGGAAACACAAGAAACAGUAGAAGAUACUGGUUCUGAAGGAGCAGCUGGUGAACAUAGAUCAACUACACGACAAAGGAGAAGAAAAGUACGUGCACCAAGAACCGUUGUCAACCCGGACGAGAAUUUCUACUUCUACUGGCUAUGGCUAAUUACUCUGUGCGUGCUCUAUAAUCUCUGGACGCUAAUAGUGCGACAAAGUUUCCCUGAACUACAGAUGAUGUGUCACUAUUUCUGGCUGACGUGUGAUGGUAUCGGUGACCUGGUGUUUGCCCUGGAUCUUGUAGUCCAACUUCGCACUGGUUAUUUGGAGCAGGGACUCAUGGUAUAUGAUUCCAAGAAACUGGCGAAGCACUACCUUACAUCGCGCUCGUUUCUGCUGGACUUGGCUGCCUUGACUCCUCUGGAUCUGCUACAGCUGCGCAUCGGAACCAACCCCAUCAUACGUUUUCCCAGAUUUCUGAAGGGUGAUUGGGCAUAUCCACAUCGUCCCGGCGACUAUGCAACUCUAACCCGGAAGUACCUCGGCUCCCUUUAUUGGUCCACGCUCACCCUCACAACCAUAGGGGAUCUGCCGACACCGGAAACCAACGCAGAAUACGUAUUUACAAUAGUGAGCUACUUAAUCGGCGUAUUCAUUUUCGCAACUAUAGUCGGCCAAGUUGGCAAUGUGAUCACCAACAGGAAUGCCAACAGGCUGGAAUUUGAAAGACUCCUUGAUGGGGCAAAAACUUAUAUGAGACACCAUAAGGUACCUGGUGGUAUGAAACGACGAGUUUUGCGUUGGUACGAUUACUCCUGGUCACGCGGCCGUAUCCAGGGAGGAGGGGAUAUAAACACAGCUCUGGGCCUGCUCCCGGAUAAGCUAAAGACUGAACUCGCACUUCACGUCAACCUCAGUGUACUUAAGAAGGUGACAAUAUUUCAAGAGUGCCAGCCAGAAUUCCUGCAUGAUUUAGUAUUAAAAAUGAAGGCAUAUAUAUUUACGCCAGGAGAUUCAAUAUGCAGAAAAGGCGAAGUCGCGCGUGAGAUGUUUAUAAUAGCUGAUGGUAUUCUGGAGGUUAUCUCGGAAACGGGUCGAGUGCUCACAACUAUGAAAGCAGGUGAUUUCUUCGGAGAAAUCGGUAUACUGAACCUGGAUGGGUUAAAUAAACGAACAGCUGACGUACGUUCAGUUGGCUACUCUGAGCUUUUCUCUCUUUCACGUGAGGACGUUCUUGCUGCUAUGAAAGACUAUCCAGAGGCGCAAGACAUUCUGCAAACGUUGGGAAGAAAGCGGUUACAGGAAGCUAAAAGCAUGUCCCGACAGAAACCCAAAAGCGAAAUAAGCCCUGACAAAACCGGAGGCGACGACAGCACGUCAAAGAGGAUAGUGCAUAAGCUUCGCACUGACGUAAAGGGUAUUCGCAAUGCCAUUCGUAGCAGAUCUCGUGGCGGUAGGCGUUCAGGGGAGUCCAUGGAACUUCGUGCUAUGUCUGAUCCCAAGGUACUACGACGAAUGCCACGAGUAGAAAGUGAUGAUUCACAACAUCAUCACGAGGAUCACGCUGCAGAGCCUACUAAAGAAGUCGAAAAGACGAUAUCUCCUUUAGGAGCGGGACUUCCGUUACUCUCGCGAUUAAAACUUUUAAAAGAAAAACAGGAUCGUGAAGAAAAAGUGGCAAAGCAGUGGAACUUGACAUCGGUAUUGUCUCCUCCGCCGCCACAACCAACACCUUCAACUAGUUCAGCUCAGCCUGAUAGGCAACCGGAAGUAAUAGGCGCAGGUCUUCCACUUAUACAAAGACUACUUCUCCUUAAAGCCAAAGAGGAAAGAGAAAAGAAUCAAUUAACACCUACUAUUAGCAAUCAACCUUCAAGUUCAGAUACAAUUAGUCCCAACUCGUUAAAAAGUCCAUUAAGUCCUACUAUUAAAAGCUUAAGUCCUUUAAGAAAAGGAUCAGAGUCAAGUUCGCCUGGCAAACUACAAAGCCCUACAGCGCGAACUUCGAGAAAAAAUUCUUCGGGAUCUAGUGAUGGCGCAUCCAAGCCUAAAGUUAGUUUUAGAGAUAGAAUAUUACAAGUACAGAGUGAUGGCACAGCUGUGUGUCAGCCACUUAGUAAGGAUGUCGUAGAAAAGCCAGCUGCAGUCGUAGAACCUACUCCAAAAACAGAAAGUAAUUUAAUUUCAAUUCCACAUUCGGUUGUAAGUAAAAUUAAGUCGCCAGCUAAAGUGGUGACCUCUACUUUUCGGGAUAAAUUAAGAAUGUUACACAAUGGUUCUGCGAAGGAUCUGGAGCAUGAUAAAAGUAAGCCUUCAUCCUUAGAUAAAACAUCUUUAGAGGUAUCGUCAGCCCAGGGAAAAGAAAGUCAAGAUGAUAGUAAAACUAAAAAACCUUGGAGCAAAUUAAAAAAGGCAGCAAUUUUAGGUGAUACUAAAAGUCUUAGUAAAAGUAGUAUCGAUAAAAGUGAUAGUGAUGCGACUAAACAAAGCGUUACAAGUAGUAAAAUAGUAGAAACAAAUAUCAGUGUUAUUAGUCCUGUAGUUAAUACGGCUGAACUAGUCAAGAUAGACAAUAACAAUGUGGAAAGUGAUAACUGUAGUUCUAGGAGUGAUAAGCCCAAAUUGACUAUUACAAGCUCUUUAGAAGAGAAAUCUUUAGACUUAUUAACCUCAUCUCCUAAAAAAGAUUUAAAACCAUUCAAUGCCCAAAAAAUAGUGACCUCUGGAACAAUGCUAUUACCUAAAGCGAAAAAAUAUAAAUCAAUUGACGACCUAUCUCCAGAAUAUGGUGGUCUGCCAUUUGUUAAGAAAUUAAAAAUUUUAAAUGAAAGACAAAAAUUAGCUGAAUUAGAGAGAGUCGUUAAAAUAAGAAGUUCUAGUUUAGAUUGUGCAAGUUCAUCCGAGGAUUUACUCUCUGACACUCUGACACGAAGUCAUUCAGAAGGCAGUACGAUGGAUAAAAGAAAAUACAAGAGGAAAUCGUCAGAGUCUUUAGGAAGCCAUGAGUCUAAUGAAACUUUGGAAAGGCGGACUUUAAAGUCAAUUUUAAAAAAAUUGUCAGAAGAUGUAACACCCGCGGAAAGUCCGCAGAGAAGUAAAGAGUUAAGAAAAUUAAUACGAGCGCCAACUUUAGAAGGCUAUGCUGCCAGACAUUCUAAAUUUGCCAAAAGUGUUACUUUUCAUCGUCACACGUUACCGUCCCCUCCGGGAAGUGCCCUUUCUGACAUAGUAGAUGAUGUAUUCGAGCUUCCUGAACCGCAAAAACAGCCGCAUAUAUCUCCACCAACUUCUACUGAGCCAGAUACGGAACAAAUAUGUCCCCAAAAUCAAAUAGUUAAACCAAACAAUGAAACAAUUUUACCUCAUCAGGAUUAUGGUAUCAAUAUUAAAACUGAAUAUGAACUCCAGCAAAAUUUGAAGUUUAAAUCAUUAAGACCAGAAGAUAUCAAAGUGCCUUCUGAAAAACCAAAACUAAGUAUAAUAUCAGCCGUGGCAAAUCAACGGAAACUUCUACGAGCAUCUUUGGAAGAACAGGAAUAUUUUGGAGAAGUUUUAUUAGGCAUCAAACAAGUAAUAGAAGGACAUUUAUAUGAAGUUCAAGGAAAAUUUCAGGACAGAUUUACCAGUUUAGAAAAUGAGGUGCGAAAGCGGGAUGAAAUAAUAAGUCAGCUUCAGAAUAGAAUACAAGAAUUAGAAAGAUUAGGUUUACCUAAAACAUCAUCUUCAAGAAAAGAAAACAUUCAACGCAUCACUGAGGAAAACGGAAACUUUAUAAAAGAGAAAAAUGAAAGUUCCGAAACUGACGGAUCCAGUGAUCAUGAAGGGUUUAUGAGAGGAGAUUCACUCGAUACCGUAUUUGCAACAUCUCCAGGUGAUGAAGACAAAAAUAAACAAUUGUGCAUGAAAUCAACAGCCUCCUCGAGCAAGGUUGUAUCAGGCGAUGACUUGACUGAAGAAAAGCUCACAGAACUUACGGGUGGCAUAGAAUUAUCAAAGCUAUCCUAUUCUGAACUGCAAAGUUUAGCUGAAUCUAUAUCCAGUCGAACAACAAAGAUGUCUUCAAAAAGAGAGAAGUGGAGCGUGAAUAAAUCGAAAAGGCUAGACCUAAACUUGGACGGAAAAGCUGGAACGUAUUCGAGAAAACGUGCUGCUAAACUAAGGCAAAGAAAAUCUUGGGAUCAGGAGCACAGUGACCAGGAAACUGUAGAAUUACAAGAUCUAACUAGAUCUAUGUCGCCACAGAUAACAUCUGAAAACCGCUCCUUACUCAGUCCAGAACAAUCUAGUUUAAGGUCGAAUAGAAGAGGGAUGCCCUUUCACUUCUUUGGGUCACAUCUCGAUAGCACUAGGUCAAAAGUUAAGAAAACACUGUCAGUAGACACUGGCAUGCAUCAUACUGGAAGAACCAAAAAGCAAAGCCGAGAAGAGCGGAAGUUUAGCCUGGGAUCAUUCUUUGGUUAUCGCGGUGGACAGAACAGUAAACCCAAUAACAACUGCAAUGAAGUAGUCCUAGACAUGGGCAGUGACUGCAGCUGGACAAAUACUUCAUCAACAUCUUCAAGCGAUUCGGAGUCUAUUCCUCAUACACCGGUGUUUGAAGAGUUUUUAGAAGGACGGCGACAUCGUCUUUCAAUAGGACAUAGUAGUACGUCACCAAUUCGAGAGUUUUCAGGUAGCGGAGGUGACUGGGAAGUAAUGAUGCUAGCUGAUGAAUUGGAGAAGCGUGAACGAGAGGAACGAAGUGAUGUAAGAAAACACCACUAUCCUACUACCCUCAGAGACUUGGAAGAAGAAUCCGACACACCGCAGAGAGAGGAUAGUCCAGAUGAAUUCUCCAAUAUGGACGACUCGAAGUCUUCUUCCACUACUCAACUAUUGUCGCAAUCACUUAGUGAGUCAGCCAGAUCCGUGGAGACAUCUUUUACCGAACCACCCGCACGGUUACAGCAGCGACUUGGUUCGUUAGAUCAGCCCCGUUCAGAAUUAUCUCAUGGUGAAUCUCGCGGAGUGAUCUUACGUGCUGCUAGUUUGGACCGGGAACGUAUACCGCAGCCCCCGCGUCGUUUUGGUUCUCUCCGCAGCUGCAGCACAGACCCACAUCGCAAACGACUAUGA